CGCUUCCUGUUGACGUUAUUACUGUCCGCCGGAAGUCUGUUUGUCUCCACGCUAGAGUCAGGCAUGGGUUUGACUGGUGAGGAAAGUGGAAUUCCGGCUGCCGCUUCCGAAAGGAACUAUAUAGUCAGAAACUACGAGAAAUGGAAAAAGAAAUAUCAAUACAAAAAGGACAAGAUAAAGCAACAGAGAAAGCAGCAGAAACCCGACUGGCAAGUGGAGAAGGAGGUGAUCGCCAGACUGAUACAGCGCUAUCCCCAGAUAAAUGUCAAGGAGGUGACAAAAUUUUCAGAUUUUCCAUUGUCUAAAAAAACCGUGAAAGGCUUGAUGGAGGCUCAAUAUCGUAUUCCCACUGAAAUACAGAAGCAGACAAUUGGCCUAGCCUUACAAGGCAAAGAUAUUCUUGGUGCUGCAAAGACUGGAUCUGGGAAGACGUUGGCAUUUCUUAUUCCUGUAUUGGAAUGUCUUUAUCGUCAGCAAUGGACAUCGGAAGAUGGAUUAGGUGUUCUCAUCAUAUCUCCUACAAGAGAACUGGCCUAUCAGACCUUUGAAGUUCUGCGCAAAGUGGGGAAAAAUCAUGAAUUUUCAGCUGGACUUGUAAUAGGAGGAAAGGACCUGAAAGUAGAGUCUGAAAGGAUCCAUCGCACCAAUAUUGUUAUUUGCACUCCUGGUCGUCUUCUGCAGCAUAUGGAUGAGACAACCUACUUCCAUGCUUCUGACCUGCAAGUGCUUGUCUUGGAUGAAGCUGAUCGAAUUUUGGACAUGGGGUUUGCUGAGACAAUGAAUGCCAUUGUGGAAAACCUCCCUAAGAAGCGCCAGACUUUGCUUUUCUCAGCAACCCAAACUAAAUCCGUUAAGGACUUGGCACGACUGAGUCUGAAAGACCCAGAGUAUGUUUGGGUUCAUGAAAAUGCUAAAUUCAGCACCCCUGGAACACUUGAACAGAAUUAUGUGGUCUGUGAGUUGCAACAGAAAAUUAACAUGUUGUACUCUUUUGUGAAGAAUCACCUGAAUAAGAAGAUAAUUGUCUUUUUUUCAAGCUGCAAAGAGGUCCAGUAUCUGUUCCAUGUGUUUUGCCGUCUUCGCCCCGGUGUGCCAAUCAUGGCUCUUUAUGGCAAGCAGCAGCAGAUGAAAAGAGUUGAGGUCUACAAUGAUUUUUGCCGGAAAAAGGCUGCUGUACUGUUUGCAACAGACAUAGCUGCUCGAGGACUUGAUUUUCCUGCUGUGAAUUGGGUUCUUCAGUUGGAUUGUCCAGAGGAUGCUAAUACAUACAUUCAUAGAGCAGGGAGGACAGCCAGGUAUAAGGAAGGUGGUGAAGCAUUGUUAAUACUACUCCCAUCUGAAGAAAAAGCCAUGGUUAAACAGCUGGAGGAGAAAAAAAUACCCAUCAACAAAAUAAAAAUAAAUCCAGGAAAACUAACAAAUGUACAGACAAAGCUGGAAGCUUUUUUAGCUCAAGAACAGGAUCUGAAAGAACGAGCACAACGGUGUUUUGUGUCCUAUGUACGUUCAGUCUACCUUAUGAAGAAUAAAGACGUUUUUGAUGUCUUCGCAAUACCAUUAAAGGAAUAUGCAUUCUCCUUAGGCCUUGCUAUACCACCUCGAAUUAGAUUUCUUCAAAAAGCACAAAAAGGAAGAGAAAUGUCUUGUACAAGAAAUGUAGCACAAGUCAAUUGCCCUACUGUUGCUAUAGAUACUGCUGUUGAAAGCUUGCGGGAAGAUGCUUCAGAUGCUGAUGAGGAAUUGGAAGACUUUAAAGCUCAAUUUAGGAAACACGACCCCUCUUCCCAACAGGAGACCUGGGAGAAAAACAAAGCUAGAAAAGCUGGAGAAGAAAACGUGUAUGAUAAAGAUAGCGAAUCCAGUGAUGAUCCAAGUGACCAAAAUGCUGAAGUAGAGAAAGAUAAAGGAGCAAUAGCAUUUCAGUUUGAUGAUGAUGAUGAUGAUGAUGAGAAUGAUGACCGUGACCUGCUGAUAGUGAAACGGAGGAAUGUUUUUGGCUUUGAAACUGAAGAAGAAACAAAACCUGUUGAAGAGGAGAAAGAAAAAAUAAAGAAAACAGCAACAAAAAAGACAAAAGUCAAAGAAGCAAAGAAAACCUUGAAGAAAAAUUUUAAAGUGAAUACAAAAGUCACUUUCAAUGAAGAAGGAGAGAUGAUUCAGCAAUGGCCACCGGUGCAAAAAAGUAAACUGGACAAUGACCUGGAUGAUGACACAGGAGGAAUAAAUAUGGAGAAAGCAAAAGAGAGGCUACGUGAGGAGGACAAAUAUGACAAGGAAGCUUAUAGAAAAAAGAUAAAAGAAAAACACAGGGUAAAGAGGCUUAAGGAGAAAGCAGCAAGAAAGGGAACCAGAAAGAAAGAUCAACCUGAAGAGGAAACCAUUGCUUACCUUGAUCAGAGUGAUGGUGAAGAUGAAUUUGACCCUGCUGACCUUCCUGAUCCUGAUAAAUACAGUGAUUCUGAGGAGGAUGAUAGCCAUGAUAUUUCUGAAGCUGAAGACAAUCACAGCAAAUCAGCUGAAGGGAAAUUCAAAAGGAAGAGAAAUGACAGCUGCAGUAGCAAUGACGAAUGUGAAGAGAUGAUAGCAGCUCAGAAGGGGAAGAGGAGAAUGAAGUCUGAAAUUGACUCUGAUGAGCACAGGCCAUUGGACACAGGUCUCUCUCUGGCUGAAGAUGAAGAGCUGGUGCUUCAUCUGUUGAACAGCAGAAACUAAUUGUAGUCCCCAGGCGGUUUUCUGGGUCAUUCCUUUUACUGUUCUGGCCACGUUUCUGCUAUUGCAAUCAAACCAGAGCAGGUGGUCCCUGUCUGACAGUGAUGAAUGCUUUCUGAACAGGUUUCUGCAGAUCUAUAGAUGACUGCCAAGACACUGUCUGCUUUACAGCAGGAGUGAAAAAUCUUUGUAACCCUUCAGUAGGCAACGAAAGUUGGAUUUUCUGGAUAACUUUUCUUGUCAAAAUGUCUGAUUUAUAUAAUUGACAGUCUGUUAUAAAUGUUUUAAUUCCAAGUAACCUAUAAAUGGCUUCAGAUAUGAAGAGUAUCUGAGAAAAAUGUUAGCUGACAGUAAGCUAUAAUAGGUUCCUGUGUGUGCACUUUGUACUUGAUUGAAGCAACCAAUCAGUUUCUCUGUAAUAAAGUAACGUUUAUACACAGGUGUUAGCUUGUAGCUGUAAACUAAAAUGAACUGGACAAGAGUAAGCCUCAAAUUAAGAUGUUCGCUUAUUGAAUCAGUCAUUAGUUUUCCAGACUCUUUGUUGGGAUGAAAAUAUGUAAGAAAUAAAAAGAUUUAUUUGUGAAGUUGA